AUGACUGCUUCGUGGCUCACUUUCGCCUUUCUUUGUGGAACUUUCUGCGCAGGACCAGGACGUGGGGAAGCGGAGACGAGGGAAUGCAUCUACUACAACGCCAACUGGGAGCUGGAGAAGACGAACCAGAGCGGCGUGGAGCGCUGCGAAGGGGAGAAGGACAAGCGGCUCCACUGCUACGCCUCGUGGAGGAACAACUCGGGCUCCAUCGAGCUCGUGAAGAAGGGCUGCUGGUUAGAUGACUUCAACUGUUACGACAGGCAGGAAUGUGUUGCCACGGAGGAAAAUCCGCAAGUGUUUUUCUGCUGCUGUGAAGGCAACUAUUGCAAUGAGAAGUUCACACAUUUACCUGAAGUUACUGGUCCAGAAGUCAUAUACGAGCCACCACCACCAACGCCCUCCCUGCUCAACAUCCUGGUUUACUCUCUGCUCCCCAUCGCUGUCCUGUCCAUGGCCAUUCUCUUGGCCUUCUGGAUGUACCGGCACCGCAAGCCUCCCUACGGGCACGUGGACAUCAACGAGGAUCCUGGGCCACCACCCCCUUCUCCGCUGGUUGGCCUGAAGCCUUUGCAGCUCUUGGAGAUCAAAGCCAGGGGACGUUUUGGCUGUGUCUGGAAAGCUCAGCUGAUGAACGACUACGUAGCAGUGAAAAUCUUCCCAAUUCAGGAUAAGCAAUCUUGGCAGAGUGAGAGAGAGAUUUUCAAUACCCCUGGCAUGAAGCAUGAAAACCUUUUGCAGUUUAUUGCAGCAGAGAAAAGAGGGACGAACCUAGAGACGGAGCUGUGGCUCAUCACGGCUUUCCACGACAAGGGCUCCCUGACGGAUUACCUGAAGGGGAAUAUUAUCAGCUGGAACGAGCUCUGCCAUGUUGCGGAAACGAUGGCCCGUGGACUGUCCUACCUACACGAAGACGUCCCCUGGUGCAAGGGUGAAGGACACAAACCUGCAAUUGCACACAGGGACUUCAAGAGUAAAAAUGUCUUGCUGAAGAAUGAUUUGACGGCAGUUCUGGCUGAUUUUGGACUUGCUGUACGGUUUGAACCUGGAAAACCUCCAGGGGACACUCACGGACAGCAACAGGACAAGAGGCAACAGAUUGAAACACAUGAAGCUGCCUGUGAACAUGAGGAAAAACAACUUGACCGUGAGGGUGAUGGAGCCCUAGAGCAGAGCCCUGUACAGGAUCGCGUCCAG